CACGCCCGUCAAGUCGACAAUGAAAUUGUGAUCUCACCGCAAAAACGUGUCGUUUCACUAACCAACUUCACGGGCUGCUUGUUGACAUCACAGUUUGGAGACUAUGACCUUGACACUACCCGGGAGCCAUACGAAACCUCUUGGAAGUGCGCAAUCUUCACGGUUUGCUUGUCCAUUUGACGGUCUGGGACAUUAUAUUUGCCCUGCAACCUGCGAUCUCUCAACUUUCAACCAUUUUGCUCCAUUUUUGCCCUGUUUGGUCCGGAUCUCGGUGCCAAUAUUACCUGCUAAGGUCUGACACAUGACGAAAAACAAACAAACCUAGUGUAAACUAGCUCCAAGGAUGGUGCAAAUACAUCAAACGUUGCAAGUAAAAGGGUACAAAAGUGUGUAGUCUAACCCGAAUCAAUGGCGAAUUUGAGCAUCAUACGACGGAUCCCCGAUUCCGAUGGACGGUUGUGACAUAGGCAAGAAAAAAAAACUAAGAACAUGGCAAUCAAAGCAAUUCUGUUUUUUGUUUUUUUAUCUUCUCAUUAUUCUCACAUUAUAGUGGUUUUGAUUAUUAUGUGUUAACAAUACAAUCGCUAGCUUCUAGAUACUGCAAAGCUAUUGAUUUGGCAAAGAUGAAUAGGUGUUUUCAUUGAUAUCCUAACAACACUACGGUACAUGGAUUGUGACCUUGGAUUGUGACCUUUAUUCUACAAUUGGUCUGAUGUCUCGAGGAUCCUUCGAGAUAAUUAAGGCCUGAAAGACUCUGAGUAACUUGUUAAUCAUACUAUUUCCUUUUCUUCUUCUUUGCUUUUUUAUUUUUAUUUUGCACUUGUUAAUCAUACAUGGAUUUUGGCUCUCUAUUUUGUCUAGCAAGUAGGGCAAUUACCUUUGUCAGCUCACGGACGAGACUCUUGUCCAUUAAUUAAUGUUACUCCAAGCGCAAGAUACAUACAUAAAUAGAGCACUUCUACUAUGCUAUAUAGUAUUGGUGCUUUAAUGUACAACUUAAAGUUGUACCAUAACAUUAAAUGUAUAAGUUUAGGUCGUACCAUAAAGCAAUUUGUACCAUUAUGUUAUGGUACAAUUUCACAACUUGAAGUUGUACCAUCACAUAAAGGUACAAGUUCAAGUUGUACCAUAAAAGAAUUUGUACAAAAAGUAUGGGUACAAUCUGAAGUUGUACCAUAACAUAAAUGUACAAUUUUAAGUUGUACCAUAAAGACAAAAACCUAUAGCACCAAUACUAUAUAGCAUUGUAAAAUUUCUCACUUAAAUAACAAAGAACGGAAGAAGAAGAAAAGGAAAUAGUAUGAUUAACAAUUUAAUUACCCGGAGUUGUCCAGUCCUCAAUUUUCUCCAAGGAUCCGCAGGGACCUCUCGGUCCAAUUGUAGAAUGAAGGCCACAAUUCAUGUAAAGUCAUUAUGGUACCAAGGGAAACACAAGCUCGUCUCGGCUAGAUCUAUAGUUUUGUGGCAAGUUGACGAUAGUAUUACUAACAUAAAAAUCGAAACCACUACAAUGUGAGAGUAAUGAAAAAAAAAAUUAAAAAAAAUAUAAACAAAACUGCCUUGAUUGUCAUGCUCUUUGUUUGUUUUUCUUAUUUCGAGAAGGAAUGAGUACUCCACACUUUUGCACUUAUACUAUUGUCACUUAUAUAUAGUAGUAUGUGCUUGCAUCGUUUUAACAACUUAAUUUGCAAGUAAAACAAUAGAUUUACAAGCAAAGAAUUUGUCUUCCUAUUAAUCCGAAAGAAAAAGUCUCAAAGACUAUCUACAUUAGUUUAAUUUGUAGUAUGUUAUCGAAUAUCGAGGGAUACGUGAUGCGACUAGGAGAGUUAGGGGGAGUUUGCCUAUGCUACACCUUCCUUCUCUGCUCCUUCGUCCACCAAUCGUAGUGUAGGACUAUAGGUUUACUUUUCUGCACUUUAUUUCUUUUCAGUUUUAGUUUUGCAAAACCGGAGGCAUCUCCACAUCCUACAUAGUUUUAUAAAAUCAAUAGAACCGUACCUCGCCAUCAAAGUAAGGAUUCUGCGAGAGACCCUAGAAAAAUAAGAUCUUGGCCUUUGGGCGAGGUAAAAUUUUCCCGAGCUCAAUCGGCGACGUCAUUAUACAUGUAAUUGUUAACACGUUCGUUGAAGUUAUAAAUAUAAAUUAUUAUCCAUGGAUAAUCAUGAAUACUCGAAACUAAAUCAUAUAUGGGUAUAGUUUUAAUAUUCUACUCGAUUGGUGUGUGUUCCUUCAGGGACAUCUGAUAAAAUUGAAACAAUACCCGAUCAUUGUGUGAGUAUAAGUACUGAUACUACUCAAACUAUUUUGAAUAGGCUAAUGUAUAUACACUACCCGACCCCAAUCCAAACCCAAUUUGUGACCUAUACGUUAAAGCAAUACAGUCAAAAUUACAAUUUUACGUAGAAACGUUUUGAUAAUCUAAAUAUAUAAUGAAUAAGUUUUUAAAUUUUAAAACACGAAUUUUGCUGAGAAGAGUAACAUGACCAUUUUGAUAAUUUCCAACUUCGAACAAACGGUGGAUUCGGGGAUCGGAGCGUCCCCAUACCUCCACUGACGUCCGCCCAUCCCCGGCUUCAAACCGACCUAACGUUCGUUGAUUUUGGGCCGCUACUUCCUCCCACAAGGCGACACGCAGAGGAAGGCGGAAGCUUGCUGCUGCCACCACAGCAAGAGAAGUUGCCAUUUCAAGGCGGUGAACCAGAGAGGCUUUUCACUUCUUCAAGCCUAAAUUUGUUUUUCUUCCCCGUUUGCAAUUUGGCUUCCAAUGGUUCUCAAACUCAACAUCAGAUCCUCACCCACACGAGCGGUUUCAGGGCUCGCUUCAGCCAUCCAUAACGUCGACAUUCAAGCUCAUGUCAAGUUCCGUCCUUUCUCGCUCAGGGUUUUAACUGCUCCCAAAUGUACUGGGGUUCAGUUCGUUCAGCAUCAUUUCCCCUCCCUCUCUGCAGCCAUUCAUGGAGUUCGUCGGCGGGAUUGUGCGAUUGCUCGUGUAAAAGGCACUGAGAAGGAGGGCGAUUUGCCCAACUCCGAAGCUGAGAAGAUCAGUUCUGAAAGACAUGAUGAUAAUGCUGACGAGUCUUUGGAUAAUGCUGAGAGAGAUAAAACAUACGUGACAUCAGUUAAAACUGUUGCUUUAUGUGUUGGCAGUGCUGUGGCGUUUGGCAUUGGCAUUGGUCUGGUAGAAGGUGUUGGCAAGGCAUCAGAGUUCUUUGCUGGGUACCUGUUAGAGCAGAGUUUGUCCGUGGAUAAUCUAUUCGUUUUUGUUCUCAUCUUUAACUAUUUCAAAGUGCCACUCAUGUAUCAGAAUCGAGUGCUUUCGUACGGCAUUGCUGGUGCAGUCAUCUUUCGUUUGUCGCUGAUACUUCUUGGAACUGCUACGCUUCAGAGAUUUGAGGCUGUCAAUCUGUUAUUGGCAGGAAUAUUGCUAUACUCAUCUUUCAAGUUACUAUUUGUUGGUGAAGAAGAUGAGAGUGAUCUGUCGAAUAAUUUUAUAGUGAAGACUUGCCAGAGAUUUAUUCCUGUCACAUCUGAAUACGAUGGGGAUCGGUUUAUAACGGAGCAUGAGGGUGUUUUGAAAGCCACACCCUUACUUCUCACAGUAGCAGUACUUGAGCUUAGUGAUAUUGCAUUUGCAGUUGACUCCAUCCCUGCUGUGUUUGGCGUUACCCGAGAUCCAUUCAUUGUUUUCUCUUCCAAUCUCUUUGCAAUCCUGGGUCUGAGAUCCCUUUUCACGCUCAUUUCCCAGAGUAUGGCAGAGUUGGAGUAUUUGCAACCCUCGAUCGCCACAGUCCUAGGCUUCAUUGGCUGCAAGAUGAUCCUGGAUUUCUUCGGUUUUCACGUGUCAACUGAGGCAUCUCUUGGGUUUGUGGCAACAAGCCUCAGCCUCGGCGUCAUAUUUAGCCUGUUGAAGAAGUCUGAUUCCGAUUGACCAAUGAGAUACCCGGCUAAAUACAGAGAGGAUUCUACC